GGGUUCUGAGCUCACGAGUGACGUGGCUCUCACGUGAGCAGGAGCCGACGUGUGCAGACGUCCUUCUAAUCCAGGUCUUUCGUUUGGUCCGGUUGCCAUCUCCCUAUUACCUCGAGGGCUGGCGGGCCUGUGGCCAGGAGAGGAGGAGGAGGAGUAGGGCGCUGUACCACUCGGAGCAAAGGAAUAAAGAAUCUGCCCCGAACCUCUGCAAGUCAGUGUAAAGGUCCCCCAGUAUCUGUAGCUGCAGCAGAGCCUGCUGGCUGUAGCUGAAGACUCCACAGCCCCCUCCCCCUGACCCCUGACUUGGGAGCACUCUUCUGGCCAGAGCAAACCCUCCAGACACUCGUGGCAGCAUGGGCCGAACUCGGGAAGCUGGCUGCUUGGCCGCUGGUGUAGUGAUCGGCGCUGGCGCCUGCUACUGCGUAUACAGACUGACCUGGGGAAGAGAUGAGAGCGAGAAAAUCUGGGACGACCACGAUGAUGAUGAUGAGGAGGAAUCUAGCGAUAUUGCAGAGACUGGGAAAGGAGCUAAGGCUAAUGCUGGGGCAGGGGCUGGAGCCAGACUUCAGGGUGACUCAAAGGCCAAGGCUGAGGUGUCCGUGGAACUCAGGAGUGGAUCUAAUGUAAAGGCAGAGGCCCACUUGAAGGCCCAGAGUGGAGGUGGCCUAGAGGCCAAGGCCAAGGCCCUUUUCAGCACCCUGAAGGAACAGGCAAGUGCAAAGGCGGGCAAAGGGGCCAGGUUGGGUACCAUCUCCGGAACCAGGACCCUUACACCUGGUUUACCCUGCCCAGGAGUCAGGGGUGGAGGCUGCCACCCUGUGAGGAAUGGAGCUAGGACUGGGGGCAGGACUAGUGGCAAGUCCAAGGGAAGGACCAGAGGUAAGAGCGCCAGGACUCCAGCUACAUCAUGGCCUGUUCGAAGGGGCAAGUUCAACUUUCCCUAUAAAAUUGAUGAUAUUCUGGGUGCUACUGACCUUCAAAAGGUCCUUAACAUCCUAGAAAGAACUAGUGAUCCUUUUAUUCAGGAAGUAGCCUUGGUCACUCUGGGUAACAAUGCAGCAUAUUCAUUUAACCAAAAUGCCAUUCGUGAAUUGGGUGGUCUCCCAAUUAUUGCAAAACUGAUAAAAACGAAAGAUCCCAUUAUUAGGGAAAAGGCGUACAAUGCCCUUAAUAACUUGAGUGUGAACGCGGAAAAUCAGGGCAAGAUUAAGACAUAUAUCAGUCAAGUGUGUGAUGACACCAUGAUCUGUCGUUUGGACUCAGCUGUGCAGAUGGCUGGUCUAAGGCUGUUAACCAACAUGACUGUGACAAAUCACUACCAACAUUUGCUUUCCUAUUCUUUUCCAGACUUUUUUGCUUUGUUAUUCCUGGGAAAUUACUUCACCAAGAUUCAGAUUAUGAAACUAAUCAUAAACUUUACUGAAAAUCCAGCCAUGACAAGAGAGCUGGUCAGUUGUAAAGUACCAUCAGAAUUGAUUUCCCUCUUUAAUAAAGAAUGGGACAGAGAGAUUCUUCUUAAUAUCCUUACCCUAUUUGAGAAUAUAAAUGACAACAUAAAAAAUGAAGGGCUUGCCUCAUCCAGGAAAGAAUUCAGCAGAAGUUCACUUUUUUUCUUAUUCAAAGAAUCUGGAGUGUGUGUUAAGAAAAUCAAAGCAUUAGCAAAUCACAGUGAUCUGGUCGUGAAAGUAAAAGUCCUAAAAGUAUUGACCAAACUUUAACUGGGGGUCUGUCCCAAACAAUACUGAGGUAAUUUUUUUAGUUUGCACUUGGGAACAAUGCAUUUUGUAAAUUCUUUGCUUUUCACUGUGCUUAUAUGUCAAAGAGAUCCUUUCAGCUGCUAUUUUGGAAUAAUGAAUAUCACAUAUCAACAGUGAUGCUGGUUGUGAUGGUUGGUUUUAGGCUAGACCAUUUUAAGGAUGUCAGAUGAAUACUAGAGCUUGUACAAAGAAAGCAUUUAUUGAUUCCAUCUUGCUACCUAGAUUGAGAUAUUUUUACUCUUUCCUCUACUUAAACUGACAGCGAACUAAUCACGAAUAAGCUAUACUUUUGUAUUGGUUUACAUUUGUUAAUCUUGUGUUUCAUCAAUAAAGUUGUGUGUUUUAACCAGCAAAAAAAAAA